UUAUCGAGAUUACUGUUAUUUUUUCCAGAUUAUUUCUACAAAAUACUGUAAAUACAACAUUCAAAAAUGUUUCAAGAACCUGACUACAGAGAAAACUUAUCAUUGAUGUUAUCAGAGGUUUUACAUGACAUUGGUGUCAAUGAAAGAAUGGUGAUGGGAAGGAGAAGAGGACUCAUGCUGAUAGAGACUAUGACUAAUAUCUCAAACAGGUCAACUGAUAUAAAUUUAACUCACUUUUUCCUAGGGAGUCAAAGUGAAGGUACAACUACUAUAGGACUUGAUUCAGACGUUGAUAUACUGGUCUGUAAUCAUGAUUUCAAUAUAAUACAAGACUGGUCAGAGUGGGAACAUGGCAAGUUAAACUACCUCAUGAUACAGGAUGAGAACACAACCCCCGGGUAUUGUUUCUUACAACGACUCAGAGAUGAUGAACCUCUUCCUGUAACUGUCAUUCUUGAUGAACACUGUAUUACUGAUAGAAGAGGAAGAAUAUUGUAUAAAAACACAGUGAUAAAUGAUUAUCUUGAGGGUGAUCAGCAGCAUCGCCAGCAUGGACCAUCUAUUGUUGAACAAGGACAACCUGGAUUCAGUGAUAGAGACAUGGUGAUUGCUUUACCCUGUAAAUCCUGGCCUCAAUCAGCAUCAGGUUGGUCAGAGAGACAAGGUAUUGGCAGAUGGCCAACACAAGAAAUGAGAAGAUAUGCAGCCAGUACUGGGUGUUUAGUUGUUCCAACUAGAAGUAAGGUCAGUGAAUAUCCUGAACUGGAAUGGAGAAUAUCUACAUCAUUGACAGAAAGAUGUAUUAUGUACAAUCUAAAUAUAACACAAAUAAGGUGCUAUGUGCUAUUGAAAAUGAUUCUUAAGUCCUUCCUUAAUCCUCAAGAUGAAAUCAACAUAUCAAGUUUCAUGUGUAAAACAGUUCUAUUACAUUGUAUAGAAAACACAGAGUCACAAAUAUGGAAAGAUAACAAUUUAUAUACAUGUGUAACAUACUGCUUAUUGGAAUUACACAGUUGUGUACAAAAUGACUGUUGUUCACAUUUCAUUAUACCGGAAAAUAAUUUGAUGGCAGGGCAAUUUACAGCUGAGACAAAACAUGAACUUUCAAAAAAUAUUUGUGAUUUUAUACAGAAUGAUAGACAACGGUUACUUAGUAUUGAUAUUGAUGAUGUUGGUCAUAGACUUCAAGUUAAACUGAACAGGGUACCACAUGGAAUUAACUAUUUUCCUUCUUCCAUGUCUUCUCUUGAAAUAUAUGAACGUGUUUUGACCUUGGGAUAUGUAAACAUUGCAAUCCACAUAAGUAGACAUCAUCAGCUUACUUUAAGACAUUUACACAAUAAAAACAUUAGAACAAAAAAACAAUAUGUAUGUAAUCUAAUGACCUUCAGUGACAAUGGUAAUAGAUUAGAACAUAGUGCAUUCAAGCUUCUAGCACCUUUUCUUUUUACCACAUACGGAUCUAUCCUAGCAUCAUCAAGCAUUGGUGAAAAUAAUCGAGUGUCACCUCAAGCAUUGGAAUGUUUAUCAGCUGGUUUAAACUCAGAUAUCUCAUCUAGCAGACUUAAAUUGGCUUCAGUGUUUUACAGUACAGGAGAUAUGGAGAAAGCUGAACUAAUUCUGAGACACACAGAACAACAAUAUUAUUCUAAUCCUGUUUUAACUAUCUGUGGCUGUCAUAGACAGCCCCCAGCAGUAACAGAAGAAUUCAUGAGGGCAUAUAAUGAACAAAGUGAGGACUGUAUUAAACAUAUUACAGCUUUUUGUGUCAGAUUUAUACAGAGAGAGAUCAACUGUGUUCCUCAUGAACUACAAUAUGAAAUGUUCAGAUCUACACAAGAUGACAUGAUACACAGACGUAGAAUAAAGGACUGUUGGAUGGACUGGGCUGUAGUUGAUUCACUACCUCUAUUGUACUUCCUACAAUACAAGAUUUAUCGUCAUCUACAAAGACAUCAAGAUAAACAACAAGCACUUUGUAAACUUAUAAGAACUAUAAAUACAGGUGAAAACCUUGGACAUAGAGAAACAGCUCUAAACAUUUUAGGACAAUGUAUGGAACAAGAAAAAAGACCUCAACAAGCAUUAAAAUGCUACAUGCUUUCUCUUCAACAAAGGCCAAGAAACAAUGCAGCAAACUUCCAUAUAUGUAAGCUCCUUUCUGGCUUACUGGUUAGCCAAUAAAAUUGGAAAAAAAAGUAUGAAGACUUGAGUUUUCAAUGAUAUGAUUAUCAAACAGAUUAAAAUGUCAAUAAAAUGUCAAAAUAUAGGCAUUACACUUUUUAUUACAUAUUAUUUUGAAAUACCAUUAAACAUGCUAAAUUGAAAGAAAGAUUCUAACUUCAAUGACUUUGAAUAUUUGACUUUUACAAUUAAAAGUUAAGAGCCUCAAGUGAAAAUGACAAUAUUGCUUAUGCAAAUAAAUUUUAAAUCUUUGUUUAUAAGAUGAAGUUUUUUUCUAAGUUUUUUUUUACAGUAGUCAAAACAGUUUUAGCUGUCACCUACAUAUAUAUUUAGUCUUCUAUUUUUAGCAAUAACUAUUAAAGUCUUGUUUGAUAAAUGUACCCUGUAUAUAAUCUUGUUCUUAUGUAAUAUAUGUACCCUGUGUCUGUAUUGCCCGUGCUGUAUAUUUUUGUUAUGUUCCUGUCCAUGUUUGUCUCUGUAUAUAUAUUUGUUAUUGUCCAUGUCCCUUAUUGUUUUCCCUAGUUAUUUCUUAAAUUCAUAUACUCAUAUCUCAUAUCCAAUAGCCGUUACCUAUACAUAAUAGUACUUCAUAACCUUUUCAACCUUUUUGAUUAUCUUUUCUCACUAAUUUUUACUUUAUCCCCAUUAAUCUGCACAACACAUGCCUACCUAAAUUAAGGAAUUGUUGGUGCAGGCCACGGUUUUGUUGUAGCGAAGAAUAAAUAUUUUGAGUAGGGCAUACUUGUCAUUUUACAAAUAGACUUUUGCAGAUGGUGCCAUUAUUAUUCAUAAUAUAUCUUGCUAUUCUCCAAUUUUGUGAUUGUUAUAUUUGCACUUGAAUUGAGAAAUUGUUGGCGCAGGCCAUCAUCAUCAUCAAUACAGGUUUUGUUGUAGUGAAGAAUAAAUAUUUUGAGUAGCGCAUAUUUGUCUUUUUACAGGUUUUUGCAGAUGAUGCCAUAUUUAUUCAUAUUUAUUUUGCUAUUCUCAAAUUUUGUGAUUUUUAUAUUUGCACUUGAAUUGAGAAAUUGUUGGCGCAGGCCAUGGUUUUGUUGUAGUGAAGAAUAAAUAUUUUGAGUAGCUCAUAUUUGUCUUUUUACAGACCCCUCUACCCCAGGUCCAGAACUUACAGCAAUGUCAACGAGCCCCUUUGUUUCGUUUGAGCUGCCACACCUGUAUAUAA